UUGUCCAUUUUGUUUGACAUAACUCAACAAUGGAUAUAUGUGCUCUCUCUAUUUCUCAUUCUCUCCCUUCUUUGUCUCUCUCAUUCUCUUUCCCAGUUUCCCAAAAUCCUGAGACAGAAGUCUCUAGAGAAUGCUGCUUGAAUUCAAAAGUUGAUUGUUCUGCGUCACAAAUAGCCUACAUCAUAGGAUAUCGCUAACAGUUUACAUUUUAUUUUUUCAAUUGAGAACUAAUGCUGGGAUUAUAAAAUUGAAAAAUGCCUCCCAGUGUCGCUUUCUACUUUCGAUAUAUGCUUACAUACACAGCCACCUCUUCAAUUAUAUGUCUCUGCAUUCUUCCCUUUCAGUUUUGAUCUCAACAUUUUUGGUUUGUUGAGGUUUAUCACAACGAUUUUAGAAGCAUACUCCAUUCUUCUGUAUUUCCUUAGACAACAUUUGGGUUUUAGAAUUGACUUGUCAUUUCUUAAAUGGCUGAAUGACUGAUUCGUGUAAAUACGUGUGCUUGGUAUUUGUUUUGGUCUGCGCAGUUAUCCUUUGCCAUGUUAUAUGUCCUCCAAGGAUAUAGCUUUGUGAUUAAUCACGGGCUCCGAAUGGUUGAUAGAUGGUAGCAGGAUCAUUUUUUUUCUUGGAUACGUUGAUAUUGCAGCUAGUGUGUACGUAGGUAGGUGUCUGCUUCCGUAUCUUACCAGGAUAUAACGUUUUGGUUUUUGGUUUUUUGGGUAUUGCAGUUUCUUGUAGAUACUGAAAGUGUCGCUGUUGACCAUGUAAGGUGAAAGGCAAGUUCACAUGAAAUACAUUUCUCCUCCCUGCAGUGACGCGGACACAUAACGGCGAAGGCAGAGAAACAAUGAUGUGGAUUAUGUUAUCUCGGUAGUGGUUCCCUUGUGUCUAUCAGCUGUUACGGUUCCCUUGUUUUUCGUGACAUUAUUUACUGAUUCUCUGGACGUAUUUUAUUGGUUUACUGGUUACUUAAGAAGAAAAUGCUGAACAAAGGAUUACCGGCAGCUUGCCUGAUGCUCAUCCUUUUUCUGUUUGCUAUGGCGCACGGUGUGAAAGGAGACGUAAGCUUUUCUGUGCUGGAGGAGAUGAAACGAGGAUAUGUUAUAGGAAACAUUGGGAAAGAUCUCGGACUGAAUGUGAAGGAAUUAUCUGCUAGGAAGGCUCGAAUUGACGCUGAAGGUAAUCGUAAAGGUUUCUGCAAUAUUAAUUUAGGUACGGGAGAACUGACCGUCGCUGAAAUAAUGGACAGGGAGAGCCUCUGUAGGGAAAAACUCUCAUGCGUUUUGAAAUUCGAGCUAGUGCUAGAAAAUCCAUUGGAGCUUCAUAAAAUUACGUUGCAUAUUCAAGAUGUCAACGACAAUUCACCAAUCUUCCCCAAAGAAGUCAUUAAAUUAGAGAUAAGAGAAUCUGCUAUCAAAGGGGCGCGUUUUCGUAUGAGUGGAGCACGCGAUCCAGACACAGGGCAAAACGCGGUGCAGAACUAUAUGCUAGAAAGGAAUGAUCAUUUUGUGUUGGCUGUCUCUUCAAACAAAGACGGCAGGAAAAAUCUUGAGUUAGUUUUGGAUAAAGAGCUAGACCGUGAGCAGCAGCAGGAGAUAACUUUAAUUCUUACUGCCGUUGAUGGUGGCAUUCCACCGAGAUCAGGCAGUGUACAGAUACACGUCACUAUACUGGAUGCGAAUGACAAUGCUCCAGAGUUUACUCAAGAGGUUUAUCGAGCUACGCUGCCAGAGAAUUCUCCUGUAGGGACGUUAGUUUUAAAAGUUAGUGCAACUGAUUCAGACGAAGGAAUCAAUGGAGAAGUGACCUAUGAGUUUAGCCAAGUGUCUACAUUAGCAGAACAGGCAUUUACACUGGAUUCUAAAACUGGUGAGAUUAAAGUAAAUGGACCGAUAGAUUUUGAAGAAGAAUCAGUAUAUGAAAUACAAGUUGAAGGGAAAGAUGGAUUUGGUCUGUCCUCAGAUACAAAAGUCAUUAUUGAGCUUACAGAUGUGAACGAUAAUAUCCCCGAAAUAUUUCUUAAAUCCCUGAAUAGCCACAUUCCCGAGAACGCACUGCCCGGCACAGAAAUUGGCAUUAUUAAUGUCCAAGAUCGAGAUUUAGAAAGUAACGGAGAGGUUCUCUGUGUCAUUGGGUCAAAUGUGCCCUUUAAACUUGUCCCAUCAAUUAAAAAAUAUUAUUCCCUCAUAACCACUGGUGAACUAGACCGUGAGGUGAAGUCUGAUUACAACAUCACCAUCACUGCUACUGAUCAAGGCAGUCCAUCACUGGCAUCCUCUAAAACAGUGUAUUUAAUCGUGGCUGAUGUUAACGACAAUCCGCCUGCUUUCCGGCAACAAUCAUAUAGUGCACAUAUUACAGAAAAUAACAAACCAGGAUCCUCUAUAUUCUCCGUGUCUGCCACAGACCCAGACUGGAGACAGAAUGGCACAGUGAAUUACGCACUAUAUCCUGGCGAUGUAGACGGCACUCCAGUUUCAUCUCUUUUAUCUAUUAAUGGAGAUACAGGUGCUAUUCUCGCUGUAAGGUCAUUUGAUUACGAGAAGUUAAAAAGUUUCAAAGUCCAAGUCAUUGCCCGUGAUAACGGGUCUCCUCCGCUCAGUAGCAAUGUUACUGUAAGCGUCUCGGUUGCAGAUGAGAACGAUAACGCGCCGCAGAUUUUAUACCCAGCUCCUGAGGGAAAAUCUCUCAUGACCGAGAUGGUGCCUAAAGCUGUGCAGGCUAACUCUUUGGUCUCCAAGGUUAUUGCCGUGGAUGGAGAUUCAGGUCAGAAUUCAUGGCUUUCGUAUCAUAUUCUUAAAGCUACUGAUGCAGGACUUUUCACCAUUGGAACCCACAGUGGAGAAAUCAGGACGCAGAGAGACAUUUCUGAAAACGAUGGCAUGAAACAGAACCUUAUUGUCUCCGUGAAGGACAACGGCCAGCCCCCUCUGUCAGCAACGUGUACAGUGUAUUUACUUAUUUCGGAUAAUUUAGCGGAGAUCCCUGAGUUGAAAGACAUGUCUCAAGGCACUGGAUCUAAGCUAACCACUUACUUGAUCAUUGCGCUGGUGUCUGUUUCUAUUUUUUUCCUCACCUUUGUUAUUAUUAUUCUGGCUGUGAAGUUUUGCCACAGGAGAAAACCUAGACUUUUGUUUGACGGUGCUGUCGCCAUUCCCAGCGCGUAUCUCCCUCCAAAUUACGCAGAUGUGGACGGCACUGGAACUCUUCGCAGCGUCCGUAGUGCUUAUAAUUACGACGCUUAUUUGACAACAGGAUCGCGCACCAGUGACUUUAAAUUCGUGAGAUCUUAUAAUGAUGGCACCCUUCCUGCUGAUUUGACACUGCGAAAGACGUCCUCUCAAGACCCCUUCGGUCCAUGUGAUGAAACAGAUUCCUCUCAGGUAAAAUAAACAGAGUUCAUAGCCUUUUUUGUCCAUUUUGUUUGACGUGACUCAACAAUGGAUAUAUGUGCUCUCUCUCUUCUUUGUCUCUCUCAUUCUUACUCCCAGUUUCUUCAAAUUCUGAGGCAGAAGUCUCUAGAGAAUGCUGCUUGAAUUCAAUAGUUGAUUGUUCUGCGUCAAAAAUAGCCUGCAUCAUAGGAUAUCGCGAACAGUUUACAUUUUAUUUUUACAAUCGAGAACUAAUGCUGUGAAUAUAAAGAUGAAAAGUGCCUCCCAGUGUCGCUUUCUACUUUCGAUGUAUGGCGCUCACAUACACAGCCACCUCUUCAAUUAUAUGUCUGCAUUCUUCCCUUUCCGUUUUGAUCUCAACAUUUUUGGUUUGUUGAGGUUUAUCACAACGAAUUUAAAAGCAUAAUCCAUUCUUCUGUAUUUCCUUAGACAACAUUUGGGUUUUAGAAUUGACUUGUCAUUUCUUAUAUGGCUGAAUAACUCAUUCGUCUAGAUAAGUGUGCUUGGUAUUUGUUUUGGUCUGCGCAGUUAUCCUUUGCCAUGUUAUAUGUCCUCCAAGGAUAUAGCUUUGUGAUUAAUCACGGGCUCCGAAUGGUUGAUAGAUGGUAGCAGGAUCAUUUUUUUUCUUGGUUACGUUGAUAUUGCUGCUAGUGUUGGUGUCUGCUUUCGUAUCUUACAAGGAUAUAACGUUUUGGUUUUUUAAUGUUUGGGUAUUGCAGUUUCUUGUAGAUACUGAAAGUGUCGCUGUUGACCAUGUAAGGUGAAAGAAAAGUUCACAUGAAAUGCAUUUCUCCUCCCUGCAGUGACGCGGACACGUAACGGUGAAGACAGAGAAACAAUGAUGUGGAUUAUGUUAUGCCGGUAGUGGUUACCUUGUGUCUAUCAGCUGUUACGGUUUCCUUGUUUUUCGUGCCAUUAUUUACUGAUUUUCUGGACGUAUUUUAUUGGUUUACUGGUUACUUCA